UCGAUGCGGGUAGACACCGCCGGCCGUGUCAUGACGUUUUCAUAACCAUUCAAGUUCGGUUUGAAACCUCAGCGAGGGUCCCGUAAAUACAUCAAUAAUAAUAGUUUAAAUAUAAAUGUACUUUAUAGUAUUAAACGUUUCCAUAAUUUCUGCUACUCAUAACAAAAAUGAAAUAUUAUGUUGUGUCUAAAACGUCAUAAACAGUGUUAUAAAUGAACUUAGUGAAGUGAUAUAAGAAAGUGACGGGAAUUCAUAAGUGCAGACUAAGCCGCGAAAAUUGAAAAAGGAAUGAAAGUUUGAAAUGAGUUUUUUUUAAUCCACGAUGCCGUCUGCUAUCGAUCCAUUCAGCCAGCCGGAAUGGAGUGACUCCAGUGAUUCUACUGAGCCAGCACCUUUGCCUCAGCUGGGGUAUUUUGUUCCUGUGAGAUGUAGAUGUGAGAGGACGUCGCACCAUGUGUGUCGGAGAAGUAGAAGAGAAUCUCCCCGUUCCCGGCGUUCGGUCUCACAAUGUUCCUGCAACAGCAUCUCUCGGAGGUCAUCAGCGGCAGCAUCACCGAUGCCUCUUCCACCACUCAACAAUACCUUGGAGAUGUACGUGGAACCAGUUGUCGAAGAUACUGCAGAAAGAAACUCUGGCUGGGAGACACACAGAGUGAGGCUGAACCGAGUGUCAGGGUAUGGCUUCGGCAUCGCGGUGUCUGGGGGUAGGGACAACCCACACUUCGCCAGCGGAGACCCCUCCAUAGCAGUGUCUGAUGUUCUUCGGGGGGGCCCAGCAGAAGAUAAACUGCAAGUAAAUGACAGGAUAGUCUCAGUGAACGGCGUACCACUGGAGAAUGUGGAGUACGCUCGUGCUGUGCAGGUCCUUCGAGAGUCAGGAGCUGCAGUGUCGCUGGUGGUGAAGCGUCGAGCUGCCGCACCACCACCGACCGCUCCCACCACAAUCAAACUGGCGCUCACCAGAAAUGGGAAGAAGGAAGACUUUGGUCUAGUAUUAGGCUGCAAGAUAUACGUAAAGGAACUAACGAUGCGAGCAAGGGAACAGCUGAACCAAGCUGGCCAGGGUCUCUGCGAAGGAGACAUCAUAUCCCGCAUCAAUAACACAGCAGUUACCGACGCCAUGACACUGAAAGAAGCGAAGAAGUUGAUAGAAUCCUGUAAAGAUCGUCUCAAUUUAGUGAUCACGAGAGAGCUGAUAAGAGAAGAGACGGUCAGCAAUGGAAAUUACCAGAACAAUUACAGUAGCUUAGAAGCAACACCACUCAACUCGUUUCCCAACAACGGCAGCGAGUCUCUCUCAUCACCGUACUCUAGCAGUGGUCAGAACCUCUACGUGGCGGCGCCGGUGAGAGGUUCAGAAAGAAGAGGAAACCACGAACAUGAACCGCCUCGGCCUCCUCCGCCAAGAAAUGAUGACUAUUACAGCAGUCGCCGGCAAUUGUACGAAGAAGAUGGAAUGACGAAUCAACGAAACAAACCACUAAGCGAGCCCCGGUUGAUAAGUUUCCAGAAGGAGGGGUCGGUCGGGUUGCGAUUGUGCGGCGGGAACCGGUCCGGAGUGUUUGUGUCAGGCGUGCAACCGGGAAGUCCGGCCGCGCUGCAAGGGUUACAACCCGCUGACAAAAUACUUAAAGUAAAUGACAUGGAAAUGAAGGGUGUGACAAGAGAGGAGGCGGUCUUGUUCCUGCUAAGUCUUCAGGAGAGAAUAGAUCUCAUAGUGCAACAUUCCCCUGAAGAAUACAAUGGUGUUGCUAGUGGUCAAAUGCCGGGAGAUUCAUUUCACGUUAAGACCCAUUUUCAUUAUACGGAACCGACGGACGGUGAGAUGUCUUUCCGGUGCGGCGACGUGUUUCACGUAGUGGACACGCUGCAUAACGGCACAGUGGGUGCUUGGCAAGUUUUUAGGAUAGGUCGUAACAACCAAGAGGUACAGAAAGGCACAAUACCAAACAAAGCUCGAGCUGAAGAGCUGGCUACGGCCCAGUUCAACGCCACCAAGAAAGAAAUGUCCGGGAAUGAUGUUAAACACAACUUCUUUAGACGUCGGAGAUCCACGCAUCGACGUAGCAAGAGCCUUGGAAAGGAACACUGGGAUGAAGUGGUUCUCUCUGACAGCAUCAGCAAGUUCCCGGCUUACGAGAGGGUGGUCCUCAAGCAGCCGGGUUUCAUCAGACCUGUAAUAAUCCUCGGAGCUGUUGCCGACAUCGCUAGAGAACGACUUUUGAAUGAAAACCCGGACAAAUUCGCCUCACCAAAAAUGGACAAUACUUUAGAAGACAGUAAGAACAAAUCUUCGGGUAUCAUUCGGCUAUCCAGCAUACGAAAUAUAAUGGAGCGCGGUAAACACGCUCUCUUAGACAUAACACCAAAUGCCGUGGACAGACUCAACUAUGCGCAGUUCUAUCCUAUUGUGAUAUUCAUGAAAGCCGAUAAUAAGCAUAUCAUCAAGAGCUUGAGGGCGGGGCUACCAAAAUCAGCGCACAAGUCUUCAAAGAAGCUUCUAGAACAGUGCCAACAGAUGGAGCGAGUGUGGGGCCACGUGUUCACUCACACAAUCACCUUGAGUGAAGCCAACCAAGGUGCGUGGUUCAGCAAACUGUGCGAUCUGGUGCACAGGACCCAGCAACAGCAACUGUGGGUCUCGGAAACAAAGCGCCCUGAGCCAUUGUCGGAUGACUUCCUAUUCUCAAUGUCGUCGAGCACGGAGAACAGAUUGUCGUACGCCUCUAGUCCAGAGAGUGAUUUGGAAGUGAGUCCACCGCCAGCUCCGCGACUUGUGAAGUCGUCCUCGGAUCCCUCUAUCGCUACGACACAAGACAAUAUGGAUAGAGAUGAAGACAUUAACCACAUGAACGACACAGUGCCCCCUCCAUACACGCAAAACGCGUACGAUAGUAAAUACGGCUUUUCGUCGAAUACAAAUGGUCAGGCUAAUAACGUAGGUCACAACCAACACAUGUCACCUGCAAGUAGCGAGGUGCCACCCUAUCAGUCACAGUCGCCACCACAGUCGCCAUUGUAUGGGACCGUGCCGGAGUUACCUCCCCGCAGCGCUCAGGGAGGUGCGAAUAUACCAGGCGUUACAUCACGACCCGCGGGGGGAGUACUGCUACCAGCGCCACCCCCCGGAAGACCGUCGCAUUCACUUAGGCAUAAUCCUUCUAGUCGUCCAAGUGCGCAGGAGCGUCUCUUCGGCGGGAAAGAGACGAGCAAUGAAGAUUCAACGUACACAGCUCGCCCCACCAGUAUGGUGAUACAACCAACCCUGGGACAGGACUCACUUGAUAGAUCCAGACAUAAUAACACAAGUUCGUAUGAUGGCACGCCAUAUGACUACGGCGGAAACAAUCAAACUGCCAGUAUGAACUCGAAUCGACUGCCUCCGAACGCGCCUGAUGAUCUCAAAGUAGCCCCACCUUCUAUAAAAAUGGAGGGCCCUCCCCCUGGCGUUACGUCACAUCCGCACAUGCAGAGUCCGCAACGGAACUCUAACUCACACGAACAUAAUUCGCUAGACUAUCGGCCUCCAGAUAACAACUACAGUAGAGUACCAGGGCAAGAUAACUACAGAGGAGGUCGCCCCGCCCUACCUAACGGUCCAACAAUGGGUCCCGUUCAUGCAAGGGGGCCCUCCUUGCCAAAUGUUACUGCUAACGAUCAUAACAAAUACAGCGGUCGAACAAACUCGGCGUCAACGGCAGACUAUGGGCGGUCGGGGGCGCCCCCGUAUAAGCCGGUGCCGCCACCAAAACCUAAACACUACCGACCGCCCCCUCCGGAAGCCAUCAGAAACGGGAACAUGGAACCCAACUCGAUGGGUGCUAACAUGAUGGGGUCUCCAAGAGGCCCGGGCCCUGGGGCUCCAGGUGUCCCGGGGCCUCCGCACUACUCGCACUCACAUUCGAUGUCGCAGCCAGCUCAUCCCACGCACCCCAUGCAUGGACACCCACACAACUAUCAACAGGGUAUAUACGGCGGCGGAGCGCCUGGCGUUCCACCUUACUCAGGACCACCUCAGCAUCACCGCGCCAUCAAUCUACCGCAUAAUCCACAUCUCAUUGAUUUAGCUGGCAGCCGAGAACAGCGUGGCUCAGCUUUCGAAUUGUAUAGAAAGCCUCAACACAUGCACAAUUUGAGCUCUUCGGAUGCGAUGAACUCAAGCGUGGAGCGUGACGAAACAUUCUCGCCAAAAACAAAAAAGAAACUAUCGAAAAAGCCGUCGUUUAUAAAAAACGCCGUCCUUGAUUUAUUCCGUUCGAAAAAAACACGAAAAGUCUCCCGACAGAAAUCUCUCUGCGAGAGCGAUCUGCAGCAGAGACAUGGAAACGAAAUGUCAAUGCUCAGGCGAGAGAAAUCCGAUUUAAGUGAUCUUAGUAUUCACAUGAGAAAUACGCAGAUAAGAAAUCAAAUGUUGCAGCGUAGCAACUCAUCAUGCGAUAAUCCAGUCCUCAAGCCUAUUCUCAAAAGACAGAGUUCGUUCUAUGAAGAUAGAAACGGCAUUUGUACAGUGUCUGAUUUUGAAACAAAACCUACAGUUAAGACCCUACGACGCCAAAACUCUAUGUGUGAAAUAGAAACCGAACCAAAAGUUACCCCAUUACUUCGUAGACAAAAUUCUCUUAUCGAAUAUAACAGAAGAGGAAUCUACGGAAAAACACCAAGCUUUAAUAUGAUUACCAAAAUAGACCCGCUUUACCAAAGACAACAGCAUAAUAAGCAUGAACCGUUUUACCCAACGCAACCUCUACCUCCAGAACCAGUAUACCAAAGCAAAGAACAUAUUAUAUAUGAUCCUAUUCCUAAGCCCAAACGAACUUAUUCGUCUUUGUAUGAUACUUCUAGUGAAAACCCCUACGCAAGCAAAUAUGAAGUAAAUAAUCAAAGCUAUGAAAAUCCGUAUGGUAACCGCGAAACUGUAGCUAUGCCAUUGAUUGAUCCUCCAUAUGUUACCAAAUCUGAAUGUUUACGAGAAAGCCCUUAUGUAACUAGAGCUGAAAUAGAAAAUCCAUAUUCCACCAGGCAAGACGCACAAAGAAAAUCUGAGCCUAUUUAUAAUGAGUCACCUUACUCUAGUAAGGAACAAAUGCUCAGACAGAGAAUGAAUACCGAAAGUCCUUAUGCAACUAAAGAAGAAUUGUUACGUCAAAGAUUUUCAGAAUCGCCAUAUAGCUCUAGAGGAGAAAUGCUUAAACAAAGAACGGAUUAUGCUCUUACCAAGGAACCAAUAUAUGGUAGAAGAACAUACGAACCACCAUCGAAUACCUCAUGGCCUGAAAGCACAUAUGCAAUUAGACCAGAUAGACGACUACAAACUCCAGUUAAUUUUCCUGGACGGAUUUCGCCUAUGAGUAAAUGUAUAAGUGAACCUCCAUAUAUUAGUAGAAGUGAAAUGAUGGGUAGAAUAGGUCAAGCUGAAUCACCUUACGGGACUCGUUCUGAAGUGAAGUCUAGUUGUUCUGAUAGUAAUUACGGCACUCGAAAUGACUUAUUUGAUAUAUCACCACAAAUAAGACCUGCAUCUGCUGAAUGCACUUAUGUGUCGAAACAAGAAAUAUUGACACAAAAAGCCGCUUUCUUAGCCAAUAAAGAAUCUACAUAUACAACAAAAUUAGAAGAAAAAUUGGAAAUUAUUAAGCAAAGAAAUCAAGCUAAAAAAGAAAAGAUAUAUCAAACAAGACUGGAGGCUAAUGAAUGUGAUGCAAUAAAGGCUUGUGAACCAUUAUAUGUGUCGAAAAGGGAACUGAAAGAUACUGUCAUAUACGAGUCAAGCCAAGAAAAUAAAGAUUCAGUGCCUCUUAUUACUAGCAUUACUGCUAAUGACAGUGCACGAAGUAGCCCUUAUGAGUUAGGUGAUGCUAAUCAUUUAUCUCGGCGAGAGCCAAUUUAUCAGACAAAAAUUGAAGUAGUCAAUGGAGAUGUUGAGAAAUUUCAAGAAAUAGAUUUUUCUAAGCUCCGUCUGACGGAGUCUAAGACAGAUUCAGAAAAGGAAAAGUCCAAAAACUUAGAAACAGUUAUUUUGAAAGGGGAAGCAAUUUACGCACCUAGAUUACACGGUAAAUCAGAUCACAUAUCUAAUGCGUUAAAAAUCACCGCCUCACCAGUACCAUAUGAAUCUUCAACUUCUAUGGAAACGCAAUAUGCUUCCGAAUGUAGCAUGAAUUUCGAAAACAAACCGCAGAGUACACCAUAUGCAUCACAGGAUUUACAAGAUCGAGUAACAAAAUCAAUCAGAACCGUUACAUUUUGUGAAAAAAUUGUAGAAAAAAGUCCCGAAAGUAGUCAAGAUACUUCGGAGAACGCAUCAAACAGUCGUAAUGAUACAACAGUUGUAAGUAACGAGAACACUGUUGUAAGAAGUGGUGAAACAGAUGAUUCUACUGCUACGUCUGACCUAGUUGAGCCGGAUGCCCCGCAUACAACUUGGGGUAUAUUUGACAGUGAAGGUGGCGUUUUAGAGGAUAGGCAUUGGGGUGUUUCUUUAAUUAUUCCCCCAAAGGCAAUCGCUCCGGGUAUCAAGCAGAAAAUCUACUUUACGGUGUCUGAUCCAAGACUAAGCCAACGAGUGGGAGGACCUCCCAUCGAUAUGGAUAACGGUGAAGCUAUGCUUUCUCCACUAGUGAUGUGCGGGCCACAAGGACUCGUAUUUCUACGACCAGUGACACUCCGCCUUCCUCACUGUGCUAACGCUGUCCCAUCCCUAGGCCUGACAAUCAAAGCUACCGACACUGAAGCCCAUCUAAGUACUGACUGGGAUCAAAUUCACUUGCCCGCAACGACGACUUUGAACACAGUUGCUGUUAAAGUUGACCAUUUCUGAACUAGUAUUUAAAUACAAAAAGGUUUGAGCUGCAUUGUUUGCACUUAGAGAUGGUCUUCUGUAUCAGUAGCUUAUAUUGUUGUACAUUUUACUAUUAACGGUCUUGGUUUUUAGUGUAUAUAAUUUUAUUGAAUUUAGGUCCAUGCUACAAUGGCAGUAUGUGGUCGAUUGUUGUUAUUGUGAAUGCAAUAUGAAUCUUGUGUGACACAGUCGAUACACAAAACGGGAUUGAAAUUAAUAAGCAAAUUAAUAUUCCAUGUGGAAUCUUAGUUGCAAAAUCAUAGGCAACUUUGCUGCAAAGUCCUUAAUCCCUUAAUAUUUUGUUAUGCAAUAAAAACUUUUUACAUCGGACAUAUGUUACUGAUGUAUAUAAUUAAAUUAAGUAAAUCCCACCUAAAUUGUAACUGGGGUUAAUAUCUAUUCGUAAGUGGUGCUAUCGCGUCGAAAAACAGAAUCUCGAGCUUAAUAACGUGUCUUUUUCGAGAUAAUUCUUAUCUUAGCAAUUGUACCCGUUUUCAAUAUUUUAUGUAAGUUCUUCGAAGGUUUGAGCCUGACUGCAUUAGGUAAUUGUAUAAUACCCUGUAUUAGUUUGAUGAAAUGUUGUAUUUUAAUGGUACGCGUCGAACAUGCCACGUAAAUCUUAAAUUCAACUUUCGUACGUAUUACUCAAAUUGUAUUCGAAGUUUGUACAAUUUGGGAGUGUUGCUCUCAAAUUAUUGCCACACGAGGUGAUAUUUUUUGUUGUUUUAAUUCCAUUCAAAAAACUACGACUAUCGUUAUUUAAUUGGACACUUCUAUACUUUAUUCAAUUUGUGUUAUCGUAAACUGCUAUUAAGUUAACUAGACACUCGGCCUGAAAUACUGGAGAAGGUUGUGAUUCUUCUCAUGUUUAAAGUUUAUUUUGACUUAUUAAACAUAGUCUAAAUCGUUACUGUAUUAAAUAUUAUAACACUUUAACAAUAAAUAGAAAAGUUUAAAGAGUUUAGCUGGGCUUUUCUCAGUGACAUAAUAAUACCGUUAUUUACGGAAAUGUUAAAGUAUAAACUGAAAUGGUAACUGAUGUAAAUUUUUUCAGUAAUUAAGUUGGUAUAAAUAUUAUUAACUAGUCGACGCGUACCUUUAAAAUCAUAACAAAAAGAUUGUUAACAUAACUCGCAGGAGUCGUAAAAAUAGUUAUUAAGAUACCUUACCACGAGUUGAUUACGGAUCUAGAAUUAUCAUAUUAUACUGUUAUAUUUAACCAAUUGUAUUUUAGUAAUAUUAGUUAACGGUUAAUUCCUUUGGCUUCCGUAGUUAAAAUGUUAUUUUAAUGUUAAAUCAAUAAUUAUCACUAAUAAUUAACUUUUUGGCCUGAGAGUGGCGAAAGUCAUUUAAUAUGUAAGAAUUAGACUAUUGUUUGUCAUUAUGUUAUUUUCUAGUGAUAUUACGAUAUUACCUUUGACUCGACUAUUAAAUUUUAUAUUUACAGAA